AGAGAAAGAAGGGAAACAUUACUGGGUUACUAUGCACUUGCGACUGAUUUCUUGGUUUUUUAUCAUUUUGAACUUUAUGGAAUACAUUGGCAGCCAAAACGCCUCCCGGGGAAGGCGCCAGCGAAGAAUGCAUCCUAAUGUCAGCCAAGGCUGCCAAGGAGGCUGUGCGACAUGUUCAGAUUACAAUGGCUGUUUGUCCUGUAAGCCCAGACUAUUUUUUGUUCUGGAAAGAAUUGGCAUGAAGCAGAUAGGAGUGUGUCUCUCUUCGUGUCCAAGUGGAUAUUAUGGAACUCGAUAUCCAGAUAUAAAUAAGUGUACAAAAUGCAAAGCUGACUGUGACACCUGUUUCAACAAAAAUUUCUGCACAAAGUGUAAAAGUGGAUUUUACUUACACCUUGGAAAGUGCCUUGACAGUUGCCCAGAAGGGUUAGAAGCCAACAACCAUACUAUGGAAUGCAUCAGUAUUGUUCACUGUGAGGCCAGUGACUGGAGUCCUUGGAGUCCAUGCAUGAAGAAAGGAAAAACAUGUGGCUUCAAAAGAGGAACCGAAACACGGGUCCGAGAAAUACUACAGCAUCCUUCAGCCAAGGGUAACCUGUGUCCCCCAACCAGCGAGACAAGAACGUGUAUAGUACAAAGGAAGAAGUGCUCGAAGGGAGAGCGAGGAAAAAAGGGAAGAGAGAGAAAACGAAAAAAACUCAAUAAAGAGGAAAGAAAGGAAACAAGCUCUGACAGCAAAGGUUUGGAGUCCAGCAGAGAGACUCCAGAGCAGCGGGAAAACAAAGACAGACAGCAGCAGCAGAAGAAAAAAGCCCAAGAGAAACCACAGAAAUCGGUAUCAGUCAGCACUGUACAUUAGAGGGCCCUGUGAGGUUAUUGUAGACUCGUGAUGCUGCUAUCUCAACCAGAUGCCCAGGACAGGUGUUCUAGCCAUUAGGACCACAAACGGACAACACAUCAGUUACCACUCUGUCUAAACAACAUUCCGAAUAGUUGCUAUAUUCUUCAUACAAGCAUAGUUAACAGCAAAGAGCCAAAUGUUCAAAGAAGGGAUACUUUCAGAUGGUUAUCUUAUGUGCUUCUGUGUAUUUUUAAAAGAUGAGAAAAAUCUGUACAUAAUAAUCAAUAAGCUAUAAGCUAUUCUCAAUAUAAUGAUGACACCCAGAGAAGAAACAUCUUUUCCCUGUAUGAAAUUGUUCUUCAAGUAAUUGUCUUUAAGAAGCAAAAGAUAAGUCUGCAACUUCAAAGAGGCAGUGUCCCUCAAAACAAAGGUCAGGGGAGAGAAACAUUGCUCCAAGUACAGGGUGGAUUUGUCCAAAAGAUCUAGUGAAUGCUCAAAAUUAAGGCCUGGCAUGUGGAAUCCUAGAGUUUAACAUCAAAGAAGCAAGUGUUUUUAAGGUUACUUCUAUUGCCCUCAUCCUGUGCUUCUGCAAGAAACUGAGUGUGCAUAACAGUGUUAAAUAUGCUGUGUGGGACUGGAGUAAGGCAAACUGUAGAAGAAAUCAUAGAACUGGAGAUCGAUCAUCUGUGCUUUCCAGACUGUGAAGGGUUGUGAUCACCUGGAACAGGUCUCCAAUCUAUGUUAGCACUGUGUGGUGUGGGUGAUCGUCUGCUACACCUCGGUUUAUAUAAGUCUGUAAACAUGUACCUGUAACUUUCUUCCAAAAGCAAAACCAUACAUAUUAGGAGAAAAAUUCUGACCUUAGAACAGAACUAGAGUGAGGAGAAUGUGACAUGUUUGCAAAAGUGUGUGUUUUCUUUCUUAAUGAAGGGAAAAUGAUUUUAUUACCUGGUUAAGGGUUCACCAGGAACAAGAGGCAUACUAUUUUCUAACAAGGUGUAUCUAGUAGGGGAGAAAGCCACCACAAUAAAUAUAUUUGUUAAUAGUUUUUAAA